AGUGACUCCUAGAGCAGAUCGAGCGGCAGUGCGAUGACAUCUUGGCGGAGCUAGGUGUCCGGCGGCGGCUGAGGCGGGCGGGGAGAUGUGUCUGGCCGGCGGCGUACGGAGGAGCCUGGACACUGACUGACUCCUGAGCCGCAUAUGCCAGAGAUAGCUGCUGCUCAGCUCCCUGACCAGAAGUCUUCCAGCUCAUACUCCAUGCUUUGAAAACUGGACACACUUGCAUAUUUGUCAUGAAGAUGGAGGCAGUCGGCAAGGAUGAACAACUUCUGGACUCUGAAGUGCCUCCUCACAUCACCCAGGAGAAAGCCGACUCUCAGGCUGAAGAAGGAGCUCUGGACCUGCAGCCUCCUUCUCUGAAAGAUGGCGACGAAGACGUCGCAGACUCUUCCGGACUCGCUUCCAUGCCUUGCCUGCUGAUGGAACUGAGAAGGGACUCCUCGGAGUCUCAGCUAGCGUCUACUGAAAGCGACAAACCCACGGCCGGCCGGGUGUACGAGAGCGACUCCUCUAACCACUGCAUGCUUUCUCCUUCUUCCAGCGGACACCUGGCCGACUCCGACACAUUGUCUUCCGCAGAAGAGAACGAGACGCAACGUCCCGAAGCAAUAACCGAAGGCUGCGACACUGCCAGCCAAGGAGCUGCUGUGGCUCGCAAGUCCCGGAGGUCUCGGUCAGAGAGUGAAACCUCCACUAUGGCCGCCAAGAAAAACCGCCAGUCCAGCGACAAGCAAAACGGUCGAGUCACCAAGAUCAAAGGUCACCGAAGCCAAAAGCACAAAGAGCGGAUCCGGCUGCUGAGGCAGAAGAGGGAGGCGGCCGCUCGGAAGAAGUAUAACUUGCUGCAGGACAGUAGUACCAGCGACAGCGACCUCACCUGCGACUCGAGCACCAGCUCAUCGGACGAGGACGAAGAAGUUUCAGGGAGCAGUAAGACAAUCACAGCGGAGAUUCCAGCUGGCUUCAUCCGUGCUGGGGGAUCUGCAGGAACGCCCAGGGAUAUUCCGAGAUUGCUUGAAAGGGGCACCGUGUGGGAUAGGAACUGCAUAGGCAAUGUCCUGGAAGAAGCCAUGAACUGUUUUGCAGAGAUGCAGAGACAGACGGAGGAGAAGUUCCGUAUGUGGAUAGAGAAACUGACCCGGCUAGACACUGACGAGGAGAGUAAGCAGCAGCUGGAGCCCGGCGACUCCAAGCUCCAUCUGGGCGGCCAGAGCUUCACGCCAAGCAGCUCAUCCAGUACGUUUGUGGCGGGGCAAGAGAGUCCCACCUUCCCCCAGCAGGCCCUCAGCUCGUACAUCAGCUACCAGAACGUCGACACGCUAGAGUUCCCACCAUCCACAUUAAAUAACAACAAUAUACCCCCCGACCCCUUCCCAGAGAAUGGUAACAACAUCGCCGAUCAGGAAAUAAACCAGUCCUAAUACCCCCCCCACCGAAUUUCCACGUUCUUGAAUUGCACUAGACGACGGCCCCCCUUUCUUCAGACGUGGAGGCCGAUGAUGACCAAGUCCUUUUACCAAAGCUUGGCCGAAUGCAUAAUCGAGUAAAACUGUCCACGCCACGUGCAUGCCAAACCACCUGAUGAAGGGAUGACGUCUAGAAAAGCAAGCUUCUAUUCGGGGGCAAACAGACAAUUUAUUUUAUUUUUUUUGUUCUUUUUGGAACUCGGCUGUUACAUAUAUAUACUAUUAUUCUAAUAUUGUGCGGAUGUAAUAAUUUGACCGAGCACCAAACCCUACUAAGUUAUGCAAGAUAAUGCUGCGGUAGGCGUAGGGGAUGGUUCCUGCAUUGCUCCGCGUGUCCAGACUCUAGUUCCCCG